AUGAGACGUCCACGCGAUGGUACUCGAUUCAUCAUCCGAUGUUUGGAACACCGAGAAAUUGAAUGUGUUGACUGCCCGCAGCCCCGCGACGCCCACGCAGCGGAGUACCUCAGAUCUCUGAGGCCUAUGCCCCGGCCGCCGAGGGAAGGACCAAGUGAUACCGAUCUCGCACGCGCACGACGACCGAUCUACUUCUUCUACUCUGGCCGGCGUCCAGAACUCGGAGACCCCUAUGUGUCUAACAACAAUGACGACGCGCUGAGUGAUAUCGAAGGAGAGCUUGAUUUCCCCAUGUCAGAUGACGAUUCAUCAGACUGGAGCCUCAACAGCUGUCCAGGACUCUCUGAUGGCUCAUCUGCCGAUCACGAACGCAGUCCGAAAAUGCAAAUCAGUCCAAUACUGGAUUGUCCGAGCAUUCAGUAUCCGGAGUUCGAGUACCCAGAGAGGCCAUACCAGUCGGCUGGUGGACGACUUGCAACGCGGUUUAUAAACAUUCAUGACCACACGGACUUUCUCAUUUACAUCCAAGGCCUCUGUCGUCCAGAGACCCGGACCGGCAGCUGGGCAUACCUCUUCAAGCCCUACCACCUCGGAGGAGCCGUUACUGGACGCCUAGAGAGGUUGGGCCCAUACGGCGACCUUCGCACGCCUGUGAGGCACAGAGCUGAGCUUCGCGCAGCCCUCGCGGCACUGACAAUACCCGCCGAAUUUAGACACGGCUUCAGAUCACUCACGAUUGCGACCACUCGAGCCUGGCUUGCAGAAGACGGAGAGCUUUUGGUUGAACAGGCAUGGGACGAAAUGAGUGAAGCAGGAUCCAACCCUCUGCCGGGCUGGGCAGAGGCUCGCCACACCCCAGAGUUUGCACACGUAUCCGACGGAGACCUUUGGUUUGCCAUGAAACGACAGAUUCAAACUCUCUAUUCAAUUGAUGACCCUCAAAAUGCGGUGACUGUCCAGUUUCGCCUGAUCAAUUUCGAGUUCAAUAGAGAUUGCCAAGCAGAGGCCUUGGGGGCUCUCGAAAAUCCUCGGCGACCAUAUCGCUUCAGGGAGCCCAAGCCCAAGCAGGAGUUGUAA